CCCCUUCUCGGGUCCCCCCGCGCGUUAGAUCGCGACCGCUACUUUAUCCCCCUGCUCCGCUGCCGUCGCUCUGCAAACGGGAAAGCGCCGGGCGGCGGGUUGGCCUCUGCGAGAAGCUCCCUCCAACCGCCGGAUUUCUUCCAGCGCUGCUCCAACGAAUUACGACAAACUUCUUUGCCCUUCUUAGAACCAAGGUGGGCGAUGAAGCUGGCCUUGUGGUCCUGGGUCGCCCUGGGGAUGCUGCUGGACUUCCUGGCCCUCCACCUGGCUUGGAAAUGGACCCCCGCGCCCUCGGGGAACCCUCUGGCUUUCCUCUGGGCCAUCGCCAUGGGGCGCUGCCUGUCGCUCGUCCUCGCGGGGGGUACCCUCGCCAGCACCGGCGGCUUGGACAAGCUUCCCUGGGGGGUGCUGUUGGAAGGGGCUUUGGUCCUCUCCAUCCAGAUGCCCACUUACGUCAGCCUGCAGUACCUCUAUCAGCCCAAAGGGGGCGCCCUGCAUCUGGCCGCCAACUGGGGCAAGACCGACAUCCUUGCCCUCAAUUACCUGGUGGUGGGGGCCGUGAUGCUGCUGUUCCAUCACCUCCUCCCUUGGGGGGGGCCAGGAUCGGGAAAGGCACCGUCGGCUUCCUUCGGGCGCCUCAUCUCUUGCCUGAGGCCGGAGGCGCUGCGGUUUGUGGCCAUCACGGUGCUUAUGGUGAUCUCAUGCAUGGGGGAGAUGGCAAUUCCAUAUUAUACCGGGCAGGUGACAGAUUUGCUCAUAAGAAAGGAGGAAGCCUCUGCCUUCAAGAAUGCUCUGUAUAUGAUGGCUUGUUACACUCUGGCCAGUGCUACAACAGAGUUUUUCUGCGACUUCCUGUACAAUACGGUUAUGAACAGAUUUCACACCCGCUUCCAGGGCUCUGUCUUCAGGUCUGUUCUGCGCCAGGAGAUCGGCUUCUUCAGCGCUAAUCGAACAGGUGACAUCACUUCCCACAUCUCAUCCGGCAUCGAUGACAUGAGCGAAGCUCUCUCAAACGAUCUGAGCCUCGUGAUGUGGUACCUGCUUCGGGGCAUCUGCUACUACGCCAUGAUGCUGUGGAUCUCCGUGCCUUUGGCCUUCUUCGUCAUUGUGACCAUGCCCUUCAUCCUGCUGUUGCCGAAGCUCUCGGGGAAGUUCUACCAGAAUUUGGCCACACAGGUCCAGGAAUCCUUAGCCAAGGCCAACGAAGUUGCAGUGGAGACCUUCCACGCCAUCUCCACCGUCCGCAGCUUUGCCAAUGAGGACGGAGCUGCUCAGUGUUAUGAAAAGAAGUUGCAAGAGACCUACAAGCUCAACAAGGUGGAGGCCGUGGCCUACGGUGCCUCCAUAUGGAUUCCUGAGAUCUUACAGCUGACACUCAAAGUGGGGAUUCUCUAUUAUGGGGGAUACCUGGUCACUCAAGGGAAGAUGACUGGUGGAGCUCUCGUUACCUUUGUCCUGCAGGAGAGUGAACUUUCCACAGUGGUGCGGGCCCUCCUUUCUUCUUACCCUUCCGUGCAAAAAGCCGUAGGUUCAUCAGAAAAGGCUUUUGAGUAUAUGGACCGGAUACCCCAAAUCAAGCCCUCGGGAACUUUGGCACCCACAAAUUUAAGAGGACACAUGAAGCUUGAAGAUGUUUCGUUCUCCUACGCCAACAAUGGCAACUCUCUAGUGCUGAAGGGAGUGUCUUUGGAGCUGCGUCCUGGUACUGUGACUGCCUUGGUGGGUCCUUCUGGGUCUGGGAAGAGCACGGUGGUGGCCUUGCUCCAAAGGUUUUACGAGCCCAAGCAAGGGCAGGUGCUCCUGGACGGCAAGAAGCUGAGCGAAUACGAACAUCACUUCCUGCAUCAAAAAGUAGCGCUGGUGAGCCAAAACCCCGUACUCUUUGCCCGAUCCUUGGGUGCCAACGUUGCCUACGGCUUGGAAGAACAAAGCCAAGAGAAGGUGACCCAGGCUAGUCGACGAGUGGGAAUCCAUCGAUUCAUCUCCACAAUGAGCCACGGCUACGAAACAAAUGCUGGGGAAGCAGGAAAGCAAAUUUCUGGGGGGCAGAAGCAAGGGAUUGCUCUCGCCCGGGCUUUGAUCCGAAACCCCAAAGUGCUGAUUUUAGACGAUGCCACCAGCGCCCUGGACACAGAGAGCCAGAAGCAGCUGGAGAAAGAAAUCUACGAAGGAGAAGCUCGCCACACCCGCUCCGUUCUCCUGAUCUCGCACAGGCUUCGCAGCGUGGAGCGGGCUGAUCUCAUCCUGGUCAUGGAAGACGGGGAGAUCCGCGAGAAGGGGACCUACGAGGAGCUGAUGGAAAAGAAGGGGCUCUACUGGCAGCUGCUGCAGAAGCAGCCGAACGGGGCAGAGGGGGGCAGGAGCAGCAGCCCCAAUGGGAACAAUAGGAAUUGAUAACGGGAUGCGAAACAGGCAGACGGUCCGGUCUGGAUCCCAAAGCAUUACUUAUCACUCCCUGCGAGCCUUGUACAGUGGAGAGACAUCUCAGCAACACAACACUCCUGUUGAUUGACAGUUUAUCAUUCCGAAAAUUCUAAACUGCUGUUCAGAAAUCACAGUUUAAGCGAUGUGCUGUCUCUGCCAGCAGGAAACCUGUUUUUUUGGGGAGUGGGAGGCAUUCACAGUUUAAACAGAGGGCAGCAACUAGCUGGCCUUGCGGAAACCAAAAGAAAAGGGUUUUGAUGAUCCUGUAGGGAAGCGCAUAGGGGGCUGCUCUUUAAAAUACUGUACUGUAAAAUAUUUGGGGUGUGUGUGUGUGUGUGUGUCACUGUUUCUAAGGCUGAGCCGCUUCACAGGGUUGUUGUUGGGAAAAUAGGAGGAGGAAUAUCGGUGUGUUCACCGCCUUGAGUUAUUUAUAAAUGGGAUAUAGCACAAUAGCAAUAGCACUUAGACUUAUAGACCGCUUCAUAGUGCUUUACAGCAGGGGUCUCCAACCUUGGUCACUUUAAGACUUAUUUGUUCACUCCUGGAAUCCUCUCCGGGCAUGGGGCCAGGGCCGGGGGGUGGAGGCAUAACAGGCCAUUCAUCUUCAUUAUCAGACUCGGAGUUGCUGUCCACAAGUCUGUCUGAGGAACUCUGGGAGUUGAAGUCCACAAGUCUUAAAGUGGCCAAGGUUGGGGACCCCUGCUUUACAGCCCUCUCUAAGGGGUUUACAGCAGGGGUGAAAUGCUCCCGGAUCGGACGGGAUCGUGCGAUCCGGUAGUGAUGGCGGCUGCUGGUUCGGAGGACCGGUAGCAAAAAUCCCUGGCCCCGCCCACCCUGUCUCUGCUGAGCCGCACCAUCUGCCGAGGUUGUUUUUUUUUUUUACUUUUAAAAGCCGGUUUUGCUUCAGCCGAAACAGGCCUUUAAAAGUAAAAAACAGCAGAACCUUACUUGUACUCUUACUUGUAGAAAACAUGUUUUCUACAAGUAAGAGUAGAGAUUCUAAGGCACUUACCUGAUUACUGAGGAACGCAUGGCCAUAGCCCGAAAGCAGUUUCAGUUUCAGCCCAGACAGAAUCAAUCGCUUAGCUAAUCUAUUUCCUCGGUGAUCAACUGUCUGGCUUUGCUGACUGAGGAACUCUGGGAUUUGAAGUCCACAAUAAAAUAAAAUAAAAUAAAAUAUUUGUGCAGCUUUCUGAGGUUUGGUGUGUUUCUGAAGUGUUUCACUCUAACUACACAAACACACAAAAUCUCAGAAAGCUGUAUGUGGCAUAUUGUGUGUGUGUGUGUUAGUUGUGUGUGUGUAAAGUGUGAAAGUUGGUUUUUGAGCUUUUUGUGGCUGUGAAGUGUGAAGUGCAGCUGCUUUUACACUGUGAGUCAGUUGUGUUGUGUUGUGUUGUGUGUGUGUAAAGUGUGAAAGUUGGUUUUUGAGCUUUUUGUGGCUGUGUGAAGUGUGAAGUGCAGCUGCUUUUACAUUGUGUGUGAGUGAGUUGUGUUGUGUGUGUGUAAAGUGUGAAAGUUGGUUUUUGGUACCUUAUUGUUUUUUUAUACUUUGUUUAUUAUUUAUUAUUAUUGGCCACGCCCACCAAGCCAUCUGACCACCAAGCCAUGCCCACCAAUUAAGCCACACCCACAGAACCGGUAGGGAAAAAUUUUAAAUUUCACCCCUGGUUUACAGAGUCAGCCUAUCGCCCCCAAUAAUCUGGCUCCUCAUUUUAUCCAUCUCGGAUGGAUGGAAGGCUGAGUCAACCUUGAGCCUGGUGAGAUUCGAACUGCCAAACUGUCGGUGAUCAGCAGAAGUAGCCUGCAGAUUCCUACAUAUAUUGUUGUGACAAAAUAAAUAAAAACAAAAACAAAAAACUCUAACCACUGCGCCACCGCAGCGCUUGUACAUAUAACGAACAACGAAUGAAUGAAUGAACGAAUGAAUCCAGCACUAGAAUUGAUUGUGCUCAGUUGCCCCAAAGGUUGCUUUUUUCAAAAGACAAUUGGACUUCCUUUGUUUUCCCUUUUGAAGACAUUUCACUCCUCAUCCAAGAAGCUUCUUCUGGCAGGGUCAGAACCGAGGAAGCUUCUUGGGUGAGAAGUGAAACGUCUUCAAGGGAAAACCAAAAAAAAAGUCCAGUUGCCUUUUGAAAAAAAGCAACCUUUGGGGCAAGCAUGAUCCGGAUGACUGAGAAUCUCCAUAGACGUGGUGCUUUUUAAAAGUCCCCCCUCAAUGUUGUGCCAGGAUUGCCAUUCCUGAUAUUGAAUAGAGAUUUUGGCAAAACGUUUCGCCUGGACAUGUGAAGUUUCGAUGAUCUUUUAACAGUACUGGCAUUUUGUUGCAUUCUGUUUUUUUUAAAUUUUGGUUUGGGAGAGUUGGAGGUGUUCUGUUUUAGAAUGAUGAGAGGCCUGGGGAAUCCCAUGUGUGCUUAUGUGCUUAGCUUUCUUUUAAUAUAAUAAUAUAAUAUAACAACAGAGUUGGAAGGGACCUUGGAGGCCUUCUAGUCCAACCCCCUGCCCAGGCAGGAAACCCUACACCAUCCCAGUCAGAUGGUUAUCCAACUUUUUCUUAAAAAUUUCCAGUGUUGGAGCAUUCACAACUUCUGCAGGCAAGUCGUUCCACUUAUUAAUUGUUCUGUCAGGAAAUUUCUCCUUAGUUCUAAGUUGCUUCUCUCCUUGAUUAGUUUCCACCCAUUGCUUCUUGUUCUACUCUCAGGUGCUUUGGAGAAUAGUUUGACUCCCUCUUCUUUGUGGCAGCCCCUGAGAUAUUGGAACACUGCUAUCAUGUCUCCCCUAGUCCUUCUUUUCAUUAAACUAGACAUACCCAGUUCCUGCAACCGUUCUUCAUAUGUUUUAGCCUCUUUAGAGACCCUUGGUGCAGGGGUCUCCAACCUUGGCAUCUUUAAGACUUGUGGACUUCAACUCCCAGAAUUCCCCAGCCGGCGCAUACCGGCUUGGGAAUUCUGGGAGUUGAAGUCCACAAGUCUUAAAGAUGCCAAGUUUGGGGACUCCUGCCUUAGUGCGUAGACCUUGGUGCUCUGAUCUUCAGAGAUAAAUGCUUCCUUGGGACCAGCUUGGACAUUUUGAUGUCUUCUGGGAGGGUGCCAACCAAGCUGUUGCUCUUGGGCCUUGCCUCUAGUUCAGCUGUGCCUUGACAGCUUCCUGAACUGAAAGAUUUGGCAAGUCAAAUGUUAGAGGACUUUGCGGCGGGGGUGAAAUGCUCCCGGUUCAGACCGGAUCGCCCAAUCCGGUAGCCAUGGUGGUGGGUGGUUCGGAGAACCGGUAGCAAAAAUCCCUGCCCCCGCCCCCCAACCCAGCUGAGCUGCAGGAUCAUCAGAGGUGUUUUGGUUUUUUUUACUUUUAAAAGCAUUUUUUCUUUGGCUGAAAAAAUGCUUUUAAAAGUAAAACAAACUCCUCUUAUGAUCAUGCGGCUCAGCUGGGAUCGUCAGAACCCUUUAAAAGCUUUUUUUUAACAACCUCUUCGGCUGAAGAGGUUGUGAAAAAGAAAGCUUUUAAAAGGCUCCUCUGGCAAUCCCAGCUGAGUUGUCUGAUCGGCAGAACCUUUUAAAAGCAUGUUUUUUUACAAGCUCUUCGGCCGAAGAGGUUGUAGAAAAAAAUGUUUUUAAAAGGUUCUGGCCAUCAGGCACCUCAGCUGGGAUUAUCAGAACCUUUUAAAAGCUUUUUUUUCCUCUGGCGAUCCCAGCUGAGUUGCUGGAUCAUCAGAGGCUUUUAAAAGCAUUUUUUACAACCUCAAAAAAUGCUUUCAAAAGUAAAAAAAUAAAUAAAGUUGGCCACACCCAUCCAGUCACAUUAGCCCCCCCCAAGCCCCCCCCACAAAGCCGGUAAUAACAAAUUUUACAUUUCACCCCUGCUUUGCGGUCAAGCCAAGCAGGAGCAUCCUGCAGAGAGAAUCGAAAUAGUCAAAAUGGCAUUUGCACAUUUGAAGCCUCCUUUUUGUUGUUGUUGUGGGUGCCACUAAAGCUGGGCACAACUUUUCCGCUGCCACCUUCAGCUCUAGCAUAAGAUGCCGGUACUGAAGUUAUUAUUAGGUAAUUAAUGUAGGUUACUAAGGUUAUUAUUUAGGUUAUUAACUCCAAGUACCAACUUCAGAAUUCGUCCACAUCUCUUCUUUGCCUCGAGUUGCAAAAUGAUUUGGAUUCGAUUCUUCCAAUCUUUGCUUUCUUCCUCUCCUAGCUGAGCAGAUCACGUAUUAAUAUUUUGGGACCUUCUAAUCUGUGACACACAUGGGAGUUGUAACCCAAUUUGGGGGAGGGUCUUUCAUUGGUCCAAAUUUUGAAAGCCACUUUCAAAGCGAUGAAGUGGCUGAUCUGGGCUUAAAAUUAAACAAACGAAAAGGUUCACAAUUUUUUUUCUGUAAGAUCUUGUAUUUUAGAAAGCCCUUGUGCAGAAAAACACUUGCAUUUGUACCUUUUAAAAUAAAUGCCUG